GCCAAUGUUUACUAAAUUAAUACUAUUCUUAAUUCUAAAGUUUAAAACAAGUUGCUCGUGAUAUUUGCAUCGGUCUUGGUUGUUACAAGCUGUACACCGUCGGUUCAUCGCAGUUUUAGUUUCUGGACCAUGGAGUCAACAAAUCAAUGUAAACUCAAAUGAUUGAUAGAGAAUUAAUCAGAGUAGAAGAUGCUGGCCUUUCUCAGAAGGAGAUCUACAAUACAUGGGCUACUGGUGGUCUCUUUGGUUUACUCACUCCUUCUAUCAGCGGCCUACUUGACUUUUGUCUUCAAGCGACAAUCCAAUCAGCUUGUGGUCCGACGCUCGACAGUUCCGCCACUCGUCAAGUUCAAUGGAAACAGAGAUAUAAAGAAGGCCAAGAAACUCUUUGAUGCUGUGAGAAGCCUCGCCAAACGUAGGGAACAAAAAGGCCAACGGUACUCCCAGUCAAAGGUUCACUGGGGGUAUCAAAGUCUCCUCGAAGGAAAACUGCUACAGAUGCAAUGUUCUAGAUGUGCUGUAGUAUCCAGCUCGGGGCAUCUGAUCGACAGCAAUGCCGGACAAGAAAUUGACGAGACACCUUGUGUCUUCCGCAUGAACAAUGCCCCGGUCAAAGGCUACGAGAAAGAUGUUGGGUCUCGAACAACAGUGCGAUCUCUCGCUCAUCUUAAUCUGGAGAAAUCAUUCGGUGAUAAUGAAGUUGCCUGCGACGAGAUGCUGACCAACAACGUAACCCGCGCCGAUAUUGUCCUGAUCAACUGGAUGUCCGAGAGUAAAAUCAAGAAGCUGAUCUCCAAAGAGUAUCGCUUGGCUCUACUCCUCACCCACCUCUUUCCCGACGUCCAGUUCUACACCUUCUCGUUUGAAAAGAUGAAAUCAUCCGAGACCUUGUUUAAAAACCAGACCGGGCUAUCCAAGAAGGAAGCCCAAACCUGGUUAUCUACAGGAUGGUAUACCUUAGUAGCUGCUCUGGAUAUAUGUAAGGAGGUGAUUGUUUAUGGAAUGGCUGAUGAGAACUACUGCUCCAGAACCAGUGAGGGUGUUCAGCGCGUCCCUUAUCACUACUACGAGCCAGACAAACUCAAGGAGUGCUCAUACUACAACGUCAGCGAGAACCGACUCACCGGAGGUCACCUGUUUAUCACAGAGAAAGCUCUCUUUGCUCGCUGGGCCACUAAGCGGGCCCUAAGAUUCAAAUAUCCAUCCUGGCCAAUCAGAGACAUCAGCUCAGGCGUGAUCCUCGACACGCCCUUCCUGAAGCAUUACAGAGAGAAUAAGAGAUACCGGGCGGCGCAUCGACACCGACGCCCCGUUCGGAAAUCGACGAAGAAUGCCGUCCAACUCCGCAUGGGAAAUGAUACUAUCAUUGUGGAGAAAAAAAAUCUGUUGGAGAAGAUUGUCGAACUUGUACCGGGAAACAAGAUACUUGAAGGACCCGUGGAAACAACUCAAAGCAAUAACACUCACGCUGGAAGCGGGGACGGGAGUCCCUGAUCAUGCCUUCAAAAAAUAUCUGCCACAAAAGUGAAUAUGAAAUUAAUAUAACUUCCACAAAAGUUUGUUUUCUUGCCGUAGAAAGGACCUCCGCAAAAUGUGGUCUUGUUUCUUCUUGCCUUUGGUAGAUAAAAACGUUGAUAAUUAAAAUAUUGUAAUAAAACCUGUUGAUACAACUCAAAGCAAUAAGUACUCUCUCCGGAGGCUGGGACGAGAAUCCCUUCCAAACUGCUUCUAAAAUAUCGGCCAAAAACUUUGAAAGGAUUUCUUGCUGCAGAAAGGAACUUCGCCAAAUGUGGUCUCGUUUCUUGCCUUCAGUCAAUCACAAGUUGACAUCUUGUACCAGUGUUGUGAUAAGGGUGGGCAUGGUUUUUCAAAGAAAAAAAAAGAAACUAUAAAUGUACUGAAUAUUUAUUUUCAAACAAAACUUAAUGAGCCGGGUGUCAAAAAUUCGUGAAAUCGGCCGGGAAAACCUAUAAUAAUAUUUGAUAUAGCACCAAAUCCAUUUAUUUAAAAGAUCACAGACGCUUUACAAAUCGUCAAAUCUAAAUCCAAGUACCUGAUGUUCCAUCUUGAUGUAAAUAAGAUUUUGUUUACAGUUUUACUUUAUCAAGCCAAAGAUUCUAAAUCCAUUCUAAGCAUUUAAUUUAUUGCAUGUAUUUAUUGACUAAAGUUUCAAACAAUGAUUCUAAAUCCAUUCUAAGCAUUUAAUUUAUUGCAUGUAUUUAUUGACUAAAGUUUAAAACAAUGAUGUCUUUCUAUAGAGCAAAUUUAGAGUAAAAUGUACAAAAAGUUGUUUUAUUUCAUUUUUUUUGCAUUUAUAAGGUCGGUAUCCCUAGGCGUUUCAAAGAGGUUGAAAAUAUUAAGCAAG